AUGGUGACUCUGCACGACGAUGGAAACAUCGGUGAUCAUGACUGGCUCAUCACCCGCACAGGCGUGCCUUCGGUUGAGGACGUUCUCACUGAAGUCGAGCCGAUCAGCGAGUUUGUUUGCCCUCCGUUUGUGCCACCGUCCCGUUCUUCGCGACGUUACUCACUGAUGAUGAAUGCCCUGACGAUGGGGAGGGAAAUCAACGAAUGGGAAAAAAAAUUGAUUCUUUCGAGGUUGGAGAAAAGCUCUCCUCUCAUCGAGGAGGAAUUUCAACGACGACUUUGCGCAGUUCAUGUGCGUAAUACGAGCGAGUACAUACAUGACAUACAACUUCGUGCUGCCACGCGGGUGGCAGUUGAGCAGGAGGAACGUCGCCUGGACUACGAGGGAGGAAGAGCGCGAAGGGAGGCCGUGUUUACCCGCCACAAAAACUUGACUACUAUUUUGCGAGAGGAAGUACAAGCCGUUCGGGCAAGGCGAUGGUACACCAUCAUACUCUCGCACAUGUUUCUUACUGCUCUGAUGAAAGAGAGACGCGUUCAUGAGGCGUAUGAAAAGAUUUCUUGGAUGCUACUUCCUGUGAUCAAGCGCCGGGCAGCCGUUAGGGCGAAGCGAGCGGAGGCGGAAAUGUUAACCCGAAUGAAUAGAGAUAAUAUACCAUUUCCUUCACCAUCUGUUAUUUAUAGCAUGCAUGGAACAUUUUUUAAUGGGUGGCCGCCUCGUCUUUUGGAAAUGUUGGCACGAAAAGGGAAGCCGCUUUUUCUCAAAGCAGGGACAUUUUUGAUGCAUGAAGGCGAUUUGGAUCGCUGCAUGUACAUGAUCACCACUGGCUAUGUGAGUGUCAUUCUGAAUGACCGCGCCAAGGGUAAGAAACGAACCAAGGAGUGCAGCAAGGCGUGUUUCGCGCUCAAUCCGCCGUGUUACGUGGGAGAGUUUGCUCUGGUGUGCAAGGAACCCCGAAGUGCAUCCAUUCAAUGUGAAACCGAUAUCGGUGCCUGGGCGGUUUCCCCCGAGGACUACGAAGAAGUCGCGCAACACUUGAGUGCAGAGGUGGCAAGCAAGCAGCGAGAAGCGACUGACGUUCGACGACGAGCAAACUUGCAGAAAUUUUUCCCUCUUCGUGUCGAACUCCUUCGCCAAUUUCCAUACUUUGAGAAAUUUAGUACUGAGGCUCUUAAUAAAAUCAUUUCAGCUGUUGAGCCCAUUGUGCUUCACGACGGGGACCCUUUGUUUUCAAAGUCGGAUAUGGAUUCCUCAGCCUACUUUAUCCAAGACGGCGUCGCCAUCCUCUUGGAAGAGGACGGAACCCGCCACUCCAUUCCACGUGGCAGCUGCGUGGGGAUAUUUGAAUGCGCCUGCAGUGUGAAUGAGCGAAAACGGUGCUCCAUCAUAAGCAAAAACUAUUGCGAUAUUUGGCGAAUGCGUCGAGAGGUUCUCAUUGACGUUGGCAUGAGUGAACCGGCCGCCUUUUUGUAUUGCCGCAAUGCGGCCAAGUCGAAUCGCGCAAAUGAGGUGAUAAAACCCACAACGGCGCCCAGUUCGGUACGAAAAGAUCCAUACCUUCUGUUCUGCCUCACACGUUAUUUAAUGAACCGACUGUGGGAAUCCGCACUCCCAGUGAUUUACCUCAACGACGAGAAACUCGUGGUUCAAGGGCAACCUUUUCAACAGUUCAUUAUAUUGCAUAGCGGUGUCUUUGAAACAACAUUUAUUGCCGGAAACGGCGAGCAUCACACGGUUCGGAUUACUGUCAAUGGUGAAGCCACUUCCAUGGAGCUUCUCUCGGGUUCCACCGACAAUGUCCUCAGUAAGGGAAGGGAGAGCGUGAUCAAGACCUUUUUUAGUUUGGUUUUGGGGGCCUAUGAAUACGCCUCUUCGAUGUCACAUUACUGUUCCACAGUAACCAGCUACGGGCUUUCGGAGGCCUUUGUGGUGGAUCGUGCGUCCUUUGAUGCCCUGGUGCCUCCAGAGCUGAAGGACAUCAUGGAAGAGGACAAGACUGCGCGUGAAAUCGUUUAUUCUUCACACAAACACAACGAUCCCAGGCAACUUACAUCAAACAUACAUCUCGGUUUCGCCGCGACAUACCGCAAAGCCAGGGAAUGCCAUAUGAAAGGCGAUACAAUUUGA